AUGAAAGUUGAAGAAAUAUGCCCAGAACAGUUCAUAAAUGUUCUUUCAAAAUCCCUCAAGGAGGAAAAGAAAAUAGAAAGACCAGCAGAAGCAGAUCACAUUAAGACUGGCCACGGAAGAGAGCAGGCACCAGUAAGUGAGGAUUGGUACCACGUCAGAGCUGCAUCUCUCUUGAGAAAGCUCUACAUGGAAGAGCUCACCAACCCAGAGAAGAGCAAGUAUGGAUUUGGAGUUAUGUGGUUCGCAAGAGUAUAUGGAGGAGCGAAGAACAACGGACACAAGCCAUCCCACACAGUAUCCGGAUCAAAGAGUCUUGUUAGAAGAAUUCUCCAGUCUCUAGAGAACGUUAAGCUCGUUUCAACUAUGCCCAAAGGAGGAAGAAAACUCACCCAGACAGGCCAUGCUUAUCUUCAGGAGAUAGCUGGAAAAGCAACCACUGCCUAA